UAGAUAUACUUGCACCAAAGCAUAGUUAGCGGGCAUAUUUCAUUAUUUUGAGUUAAUUUCUCUCUGGGUUGUGAAUGUAGCCAUUGCCGCGAAGAACUUUGAAGGAGAUCAGACCGCUAGCAAGUUCAUCGAUCUUUUGGGGUUCAAAUUUUGACUUCUAGUCAACGAGCUUCCAAAUUCGACGAGUCAGAUAUCCAAUGGCUUCUAAUUAUGGAUUAAACGAAGAAGCAGCUGAUUCCCCAUCAUCGCCUACGAAUGUGUACAAGGAUCCAGAUGACGGGCGGCAGCGGUUCUUGCUCGAAUUGGAAUUCGUUCAAUGUCUCGCGAAUCCAACCUACAUUCACUAUCUGGCUCAGAAUCGUUACCUCGAGGACGAAGCUUUUAUCGGUUACUUGAAGUACCUUCAAUAUUGGCAACAGCCGGAGUAUAUUAAGUAUAUAAUGUAUCCUCAUUGUCUCUUUUUUCUUGAACUUCUACAAAAUGCGAACUUCCGAAGUGCAAUGGCUCAUCCUGCCAACAAGGAAUUGGCACACAGGCAGCAAUUUUACUUCUGGAAGAACUAUAGGAACAAUCGUUUGAAACAUAUUUUACCGCGAUCGUUUCCCGAACCUGCUGCCCUACCACCCCCAGUUUCUGCUCCAUCUCAGGCACCUGUGCCUACCACAGCCCCUGCCAUGGCAGCUUCUCCUGCUGCUGCUACACCUGCCCUUUCACCGAUGCAGUAUGGUAUUCCCCCUGGAUCCGGGCUUUCAAAGAACGACAUGAAGAAUGCAGCAAUUGAUCGACGAAAGAGAAAACAUGAAAGAAGUAUGUAGUUCAGCCAAAACUAGGCUGGAUGCGGGAGCAGCUCGUGAGGUAAUCUGCAUUGAUGUCAAAACUUAAGUACUUUCCAUCCUGUUACUUGGGGUCGUGCAAAAUAUCUCCAUUGAGAGCUCAUAAACAUGAGCUACACGAGCUCGAUGUUUUUCGGUUCGAGUAAUAUGUUCAUGGAAGAAGCUCUACAUGUUAUUAGUAUGAAAUGUUCCGAAACAAUCCUUAAAAAUACUGCCUACCGAUAUGUCGGGUUAUUAUAUCCACCUAUAAUCCGUGGUAAGCAGUUCCUUCCCUAACUUUCGUUCUCUCCUUCCUUAAUUGACUUCGACAUGAAACGUUGUGGUUGUAUGUGGUUCGAAUGGUAUUAGGAUAGAAUUAGUAACAUUACGACGGUUGUAAGGAUAUAUUAGUAAUUAGCUAGAAAAGUCGUGAAGGUAGUUUGUUUUAAGUAGGGAGAUUGUUUAGCGGAUUCGACUCCAGUGGCAUCUCAAUGAGAGGUUUUAGGUA